GGCGCGGGCGGCCCGGCGGCGCCGGGGCCCGGGGCGGCGCGGGCCGGAGCGGCGCGGCCCCGCAGGAAGUGGGAGGUGUUCCCGGGCCGCAACCGCUUCUACUGCGGCGGCCGCCUUAUGCUGGCGCGGCACAGCGGCGUCUUCGCCCUCACGCUCGGCCUCAUCGUGGCCACCAGCGGCCUCUUCUUCGCCUUCGACUGCCCCUUCCUUGCCAGCCACCUGACCCUGGCCAUCCCCAUCAUCGCCGCCGUCCUCUUCUUCUUCGUCAUCAGCUGCCUGCUCCAGACAAGCUUCAGAGACCCCGGGAUCCUGCCCAGAGCCACCCCCAGCGAGGCUGCAGACCUGGAGAAGCGAAUUGACAGCAUGGGCAGCUCCACGUACCGUCCCCCGGCCCGUACCAUGGAGGUGGUGAUCAACAAGUACGUGGUGAAGCUCAAGUACUGCUACACCUGCAAGAUGUUCCGGCCGCCGCGCACCUCCCACUGCAGCGUCUGCGACAACUGCGUGGAGAGAUUCGAUCACCACUGCCCCUGGGUGGGCAACUGCGUGGGUAAGCGCAACUACCGCUACUUCUACGCCUUCAUCCUGUCCCUGUCCUUCCUCACCGCCUUCAUCUUCGCCUGCGUCGUCACCCACCUCACCCUGCGCUCUCAGAGGGAUGGGUUCCUGGCCACUCUGAAGACAACCCCUGCGAGUAUGCUGGAGCUGGUGAUUUGUUUUUUCUCAGUCUGGUCCAUUUUGGGCCUCUCAGGUUUUCACACUUACUUAGUGGCCUCCAACCUGACGACGAAUGAAGAUAUCAAAGGGUCCUGGUCAAACAAGAGGGGCUCGGAGUUUGCCAAUCCCUACAGCCAUAAAAGCAUCCUCACAAACUGCUGUGCAGUGCUGUGUGGACCAUUCCAUCCCAGUUUGAUAGACAGAAGAGGAUUUAUCCAGCCAGAUGUUGGGACCCCGUCCAGUCCCAAGAGUGAAAUCCCUUCCCUUGGAGCCAAAACUGACACCAGCAUGGAGGAUGCCUGCCAGGACUUUGCCAUUUCCUGCACAGCCUGACGGGAUUUGCCCCUCCUCGGAUGUUUGCCCUGAUGUCUGAGGGUUGGCUGGUAAGAAAGCGCUUCCUUCUCCUUCUCACCCGCUCCAGCCACCCAUCUCU